CUCAAAAAAAAAAGUGCUGGGCGGGCCCCCGAGGCUGGCCUGACUAUUGUGGGGGCACAGGCACAGCAGGCUGCCUGUCUGUGGUCCAGCCUUCAGGAACCCCCUGGACUUGGGUGUGUGGGGGCUGGGAAGUGGCUGGGGGUGCAUAGUCCCACGCCUGUCAUUCACUGAGCAGGCAUUUAUUGACAGCUUGUGGUGUGUCAGGCCCUGUGCCCAGCUCUGGGAGUCAAGAGUAACCUGAGAGACUCAUGCCACUUUAGGAAAACGAAAUCCACCCCAACCACACUUAGUGAGUCGCCCUGGCCGGGCCUGGACUGCCCUCCAGUCGGUCAGCUGGACUGGAUUUCUACUCGGCCCAGCCCUAUGCCUCCCAGACCCUGAUCUCCAGUCUGCACAGGCCAGGUGUCUGGAGCCGGGCCUGGUGACAGGCAUCCCCCAGGUGGGAGGAGGGGACUGUCCUGGCUCUGACCUGGAUAUCAGAUCCGGAGCUGAGGGAGAGGCGCGGGGUCGGGAGGGAGGCGUUCUGAGUUUCCCCGGCCAAGGCUGCAGACAAGGGGCGCAGACAAUCGGCACAUUGUGAGCAGGGGCUGCAGGAUGAAGCCAGCGAACUGCCGCGCUGAGUGCCCCAAACCUGGGCCUACAGGGGUGAAGACCAAGCCCACCUGUGGGGGCUGGAGAGCCACGGGCCUAUCCCUGCUGCUGCUGCUCCUGGCACUGGCCACUGCGGGAGCUGUGGCUGGAGGGCUUCUUGGCUUCGCUCAGGGCCCUCCCAAGCCAAGGCUGCAGACACUGCGAAUGACCCUCCCAAGCCCCCACAUGCCCCGGCCCAACCAAACCAUCCUGGUGGACGUGGCCCGGAACGCAGCGACCAUCACAGUGACCUCACCUCAGAGCAACCACAGCUGGGUGGUGCUGUUCGACGGGCAGAGCGGCUGCAUCUGUUACCGCCCUGAGGAGCACCAGGCCUGCUUCCUCCGCCUGAUGGAGGACAGUGAUCGGGAGACCCUGCGGCUGCUGAUGGAUACCUCCAAGGUCCAAGAGCCUUGGGGCCCUGCCCAGGACACCCAACACACCCAGGAGCUGCUGGCAGUGCAGGGGAGCCACGAGGUGGACCCUGCCCAGGUGGGGGAUUUGGUGCAGCGCCUGUGCACAAGGACCCCCAUCUACUGGGCCCGGCGAGCAGAGGGGCCCCGGAGACAGCGGCUGAUUUAUCUGUGCAUCGACAUCUGCUUCCCAAGCAACAUCUGUGUGUCAGUCUGCUUUUAUUACCUCCCAGACUGAGCCCCGACCUGGCCCAGCCCGGUCCCUGUCCCCAAUCCAGCGGGCUGGCCAGGUCACCCGCACCAGGGAGGACAGCUGCCGGCAGGGACUAAUAAACCCUUCCACCUGGC